AUGGAGGAUAAAGUUCCACCGGCUUAUAAUCCAUAUUCGUCUUCGGACCCAUCUAUGAAUGUUCCAGUAACCACUGGAGCUGCUGGUGCUAUCAUGUCACCAUACUUGAACUUUGACCCGGCUUACUUUGGACCAAAUGACUCACAGUUCAUCUUCCCAGAAGGUGCAGCCAGGACACGAGGCCGUCUUGAAUUAUCAUUUUCUCAGAUAGGAGGUUCUGUCUUUGUUGGAGCAGCUGUUGGGGGUUUAAAUGGAUUCUAUUCAGGGCUGAAGGAUGUCCAGGCAAGGCAGCUUGUUGGAGCUAACAGGAGGACGCAGUUGCUAAAUUUUAUCACAAAAGGUGGGGCAUCUACGGCACAGACUCUAGGAGUUGUAGCCUUGAUGUACAGUGUUUUUGGGGUUGUGUUGUCGUGGAGCCGUGGAGUCGAUGACGAGCUGAACACAGUUGUCUCGGGAACAGCCACAGGCAUGUUAUAUAAAUCUUCAGCGGGUUGGCGGCGUUGCUUGCGUGGAGGAGCUAUUGGUUUUGGAUUGUCUUCGCUCUACGUUCUCUUCACCAGCAGGGACCGAAUCAGAAGUUUUUUGGGCAGAUAA